AUGGGUUUCUGCUCAAGUUCCACAGUAGCACGGGAUGUGAUGGAUACAGUUUGUCUGAAGAAGAGCAAUGAGAAGCCAAAUCAGAAGGUGAGUGAGAGCAAGAAGAUAAGAGGAACAGUGGUGUUGAUGAAGAAGAACGUGUUGGACUUCAACGACAUGAAGGCAUCGCUUUUUGAUCGAAUCCAUGAGUUUCUGGGCAAGGGUGUUUCCAUGCAGCUCAUCAGUGCUACUCAACCUGAGCCUGCAGAAAAUGGGUUGAUGUCGAGGGGGAAGAUUGGGAAGAUAGCUUACUUGGAGAACUGGAUUACAACCCUUACAUCCUUGACUGCUGGAGAUACUGCUUUCACCGUUUCAAUUGACUGGGAUGAGUCAAUGGGAGUUCCUGGGGCUUUGAUGAUCAGAAACCAUCACCAUAGCCAAUUUUACCUCAAGACGAUUACAUUAGAUGAUGUUCCUGGACACGGUCGAGUCCAUUUUGUCUGCAAUUCCUGGGUUUACCCUGCACAUCGUUACAAGUAUAAUCGGAUAUUUUUCUCCAACAAGGCCUACCUGCCAUCUCAAACACCUGAGCUGUUACUCCCUUACAGGGAAGAAGAGCUGAGUAAUCUCCGUGGAAGUGGAUCAGGCGAGCUAAAGGAGUGGGACAGAGUCUAUGACUAUGCUUACUACAAUGAUUUGGGGAGUCCAGACAAGGGUCCAGAAUAUGCACGCCCUGUUCUUGGUGGAUCACAAGAGUAUCCCUAUCCGAGAAGAGGAAGAACUGGUCGAAAACCAACUAAAACUGACCCCAACUCUGAGAGCAGGCUGUUUCUUCUAAGUCUAGACAUCUAUGUUCCAAGAGAUGAGCGCUUUGGCCACGUGAAGUUUUCAGAUUUUCUUGCAUAUGCCCUAAAAUCCCUGGUUCAGAUAUUGCUCCCAGAGCUUAGAUCUCUGUGUGAUAAAACUAUCGAUGAGUUUGACACGUUUGAGGAUGUACUUGAUCUCUAUGAAGGAGGCAUCAAGCUACCAAAUGGGCCUACACUCAAAAAAUUAAGGGACUGUGUCCCUUGGGAGCUUCUCAGGGAACUACUUCGCUCAGAUGGCGAGCGAUUUCUCAAGUUCCCAAUGCCUGAUGUGAUUAAAGAGGAUAAAUGUGCAUGGAGGACGGAUGAAGAGUUUGCAAGAGAAAUGCUGGCAGGGGUUAACCCUGUUAACAUCACCUGCCUUCAAGAAUUUCCCCCAACCAGCAAGCUAGACCCUAAAGUAUAUGGGAAUCAGAACAGUUCAAUACGAAAAGAACAGAUAGAAAAGAACAUGAAUGGCCUCAGUGUUGAAGAAGCAAUUAAAAGCAACAGACUUUUCAUAUUAGAUCAUCAUGAUGCAUUAAUGACAUACCUGAGACGAAUAAACACAACAACGACAAAGACCUAUGCCACCAGAACUUUCCUCUUGCUACAAGAAGAUGGGACAUUGAAGCCUUUGGCAAUUGAGUUAAGCCUUCCACAUCCACAAGGGGAGCAUCAUGGUGCUGUCAGCAAAGUUUUCACUCCAGCAGAAGAUGGCAUCGAGGCUUCAGUUUGGCAGCUGGCCAAAGCUUACGCUGCUGUAAAUGAUUCUGGCUAUCAUCAACUUAUCAGCCACUGGUUAAACACCCAUGCUGUAAUAGAGCCAUUUAUAAUUGCAACAAAUAGACAGUUGAGUGUGCUUCACCCGAUACAUAAGCUUCUGCAACCACACUUCCGGGACACGAUGAACAUAAAUGCCCUGGCCAGGCAAAUCCUAAUCAAUGCUGGAGGGGUGCUUGAGAAGACAGUCUUCCCAGCUCAAUAUGCCAUGGAAAUGUCCGCCGUUAUUUAUAAAAACUGGGUAUUCACCGAGCAAGCAUUACCUGCUGACUUGCUCAAGAGGGGAAUGGCAAUUUCGGACCCAAGCAGCCCUCAUGGCCUCAGACUUCUGAUAGAAGAUUACCCCUUUGCUGUUGAUGGGCUGGAAAUAUGGUCUGCCAUUGAAACUUGGGUCACUGAAUAUUGCACUUUCUACUAUCCAACAGAUAACGUGGUCAAAAGUGAUUCUGAACUCCAGAAAUGGUGGGAAGAGCUCCGCAAUGAAGGCCAUGGUGACAAGAAAGAUGAACCAUGGUGGCCAGAGAUGCAAACUAGAGCUGAACUUAUCCAAUCAUGCACCAUAAUCAUAUGGAUAGCUUCUGCCCUCCAUGCUGCUGUGAAUUUUGGGCAGUGGCCUUAUGCUGGCUACCUCCCAAAUCGCCCAACAAUAAGCCGCCGAUUCAUGCCUGAGCCAGGCACUGCUGAAUACGAUGAACUUGAGACAAACCCUGAUGUGGCCUUCCUCAAAACAAUUACAUCCCAGCUCCAAACUCUUCUUGGCGUAUCUCUGAUAGAGAUUUUAUCACGACAUUCAACUGAUGAGAUAUAUCUUGGUCAAAGAGAUACCCUUGAGUGGACUUCAGAUGAUGAGGCACUAGCAGCAUUUGAUAGAUUCGGAAAGAAGCUGAUAGAAAUUGAGAACAGAAUUACAGAAAUGAACGAGGAUGAGAGAUGGAAGAACAGAGUUGGGCCCGUGAAGAUGCCUUAUACCUUGCUCUAUCCCAGCACCUCAGAUUACUCUAGAGAGGGUGGACUCACCGGAAAGGGAAUUCCCAACAGUGUCUCAAUAUGA